UCAUUAUGACACUACAGUGAAGCAAUAACAAGCAGCGAACGUAAUUUUUUUAAAUAAAGAAACAAGGAGCCAAUUCCAAGCAUAAAAAAUGGGUGAACGCAAAGGACAGAACAAGUACUAUCCACCGGAUUACAAUCCGAAGGUGGGUGGCCUGAAUAAAUUUCUGGGAACUCAUGCGCUCCGUGAAAGAGCCCGUAAAAUCCAUCUGGGUAUCAUCAUUAUACGUUUUGAAAUGCCCUACAACAUUUGGUGUGAAGGAUGCAAGAACCACAUCGGAAUGGGUGUCCGUUAUAAUGCUGAAAAAACGAAAAUCGGAAUGUACUACUCGACCCCCAUCCAACAAUUUCGCAUGAAAUGUCAUUUGUGCGACAACUACAUCGUUAUCAAAACGGAUCCCGGCAAUUUGGACUAUGUUAUUGUGUCAGGUGCCCGACGUCAAGAGAAUCGCUGGGAUCCCACGGAAAAUGAACAGAUCGUGCCGGAUGACAAAAAUGUUCAGAAGAAACUGUUCGAUGAUCCCAUGUUCAAACUGGAGCAUGUCGUGUCCGAUUUGAAAACCAGUGACGAUGCCAAGCCUCGAUUGCGUCAAUUGUACCAACGAAACGAUACUACGUGGAGCGAUAACUACGAGGCGAAUUCACGAUUGCGGGCUACAUUUCGUGCGAGGAAAAAGGAACUGAAAUUGUCCGAAGAGGAAGAUAAGAAACUGUUGGCUCGAUGCAGUCUGGACAUAAAUUUGUUGCCGGAAAGUGAACAGGAUAGAAAUAUGGCUGCACUGAUGCGACUCCAGUCGGCCAAGACGAUAGCCGAAAGAGAGAAGGAGAAAAUGUCGGAUAUUAUGAAUCGACCUGCAUUACCCUGCGAAACGACCAAGCCGAGUGCCAAUAAAAGACAAAAAUUGAUGACUUGCAAAUUCGACGGGAAUAAUUUAGGAAUCGUUAAAAAAGGCGACAAAAAUAAAACUGCUGCAAUUGGUGCCACAGGACCGGUAGCAACGGUUGUGGCAGAGACAUCUAGUCAAAUCGGUGGUGAAGAUAGUGGACAUAAAAAAGACGAUGCGGCUGGUUCGUCGAACAUUUCAUUAGUGAGCAGUGUAUAUUUCAACAGUGAGAGUGAUGACAGUAGCUCGUAGUGUGUUGGUUGUAUUUAUUCAAUUGAAGGAAAUAAUAUUAAUUUAAAA